AUGGCAAAGCACAAGUUCGAGCGAUGGGCAAAAGCCAACAACGUACCGGAUAUCAAGAGUUAUCGAGCAGACCACACGCCCUUCAACUCUGCAACUUGGCAAAAUGAUCUCGCCUUGAAGAAGCAGACAAUUGAUUUCAGCGGUGUUGGAGCUCAUCAUCAGAAUGCAGUCGCCGAACGUGCAAUACAAACGGUUACUAAGUGGGCUUGGACCAUGCUUCUCCACCAGGUCCUUCACUGGCCUGACGAAGCGGACGUGCACUUAUGGCCCUUUGCCAUGGAACAUGCAGCUUACAUAUGGAACAGUCUUCCACGUCGUGACACUUGGUUAGCACCACUUGAAAUCUUCAGUCAGUCAAGGUUCCCCAACUAUAAUUCCCUCCAUCGCCUUCACGUCUUUGGAUGUCCUACCUAUGUCCUUGAUCCAAAACUUCAAAACGGAAAGAAGCUUCCUAAAUGGAAUCCUCGGUCAAGACGUGGAAUGUACCUUGGUUAUUCGCCUGACCACGCUUCCUCGGUCGCGCAAAUCCUAAAUCUUCGAACCAAACAUGUCUCACCACAAUAUCAUUUUGUGUGUGACGACCACUUCAGUACUGUCCCCAACUCCGAUGCAGGGGGUGCGGCCAAUCCAAACCAACUUGAUGCCAAUCAUUGGUUCAAUUUGGUUGAAUCUGGUCGUCGUCGAGCCCGCCUCCACCAACAAGCCAUCCAGCAUCGCCACCAAGCUCCGCUUCCAGGGGGUAAUAACGGUGGUCAUGCGCCUCCAGUGCCAGUGCAACCUCCAAUUCCUCUGCUACCUGUCAACCAACCGCCAAUACCUCGUGUGCAACCGGUUCACAACCAGCCUCAGGAAGCUCCGAAUGUUCAAAAUAAUCGAAAUGAAGUCGCAGAUGACCCCUCAGAAGCAAUCGAAGCUGGUGACAAUGAUAACGUUGAUGACUUGUCAGUUCCAGAGGGAGUAGCUGAAGACGAGAAUGUUCAACAGGAAGAAGAAACAGAUGUUCCUACAGAUGUUCCUAUUCCUGAUCAAGCUACAGAAGAUGACAAACAAGAAGAAGAUGAAACUCUUAAUCGAACUCUACGAAACCUACAAGAACAAGCGCCUUCCCGAGCUGGAAGACGCCGAUUCAGGCCAAGGAAGUAUGGCCUACAUGCUCUAAAUCAAAAUGUGAGACACACCACCAUCAAUCAGGGUUUUCUCGCUUCUCUAAAGUUCAAUGACUUUGUUGAGACACUUCGUUCCAACGAAUUUGCCAAGAUGUGGGCGUUAACCACCGACUUUGACCAGGAUUCAGAGACCUGUGAAUGGCUCCAUCCAAUGAUCCUGGCCGCCAAAGCCAAUUCCAAAGAUAAUCCAGGUUGGGAAGAAGCUAUGAACGGUCCCCUAGCCGAUGGUUACAUGGAAGCAGCUAUCAAGGAGAUCGAGACCCUACAGCAAAUGGAGGUCUGGAAAGUGGUUCCCCGACUUCAAUCAAUGAAUGUCCUUCCCUCAACAUGGGCAUUCAAAUGUAAAAGAUAUCCAGAUGGAAAAGUUCGAAAAUUGAAAGGACGGUUCUGUGUGAGAGGUGAUCGACAGAAAGAUGGGAUCGACUACGAUUCAAAUGAAAUAUUCUCACCGGUUGUCUCUUGGCAGACAGUCCGCCUCCUCCUAAUUCUCUCCCUUGUACUGGGACUCGAAACUAAGCAAGUUGAUUACACCGCCGCUUUCACUCAUGCACCCAUAGGAGACAAGGAAGUCUUCUGUGAAAUGCCCAGAGGCUUUGCUGAAGAAGGAAAGGUAUUAAAACUCAAUAAAAGCCUCUAUGGGCUCAAGCAAUCGCCCGUUAAUUUCUUCAAUUUCAUCAAAGGGAAACUGGAAAAUGCAGGAUUCAAAUCUCAAGAAGAAGUUGAUCCAUGUCUUUUUAUUUCAGAUAAAGUUAUCUGCCUUGUUUACGUCGACGACACAUUGUUCUUCAGUCCUAAAGAAGAGUACAGAAACAAAGCAAUUGAGAGUUUGAAAAGUCAAGGUGUUGCAGUGGAAAUUGAAGAUUCUGUUGCUGGAUUUCUUGGAGUCCAUAUCGAACGCGACGAAUCCAACAAGACUAUUAAACUUACUCAAAAAGGACUAACCAAACGGAUCAUUGAAGCCCUCAAUAUUGACCAGGAACCUCAGAAGCACACUCCUGCGUUGAAAGAACCCCUUGGAAAAGACGAAAAUGGAGAUCCCGCAAAUGGCAGUUUCUCAUAUGCAAGCGUGAUUGGAAUGGCCUUGUAUCUUUGCGGACACUCUCGUCCGGACAUACAAUUCGCCGUGUCUCAAUGUGCGCGAUUCAUCCAUGGGACUAAGCGCUUGCACGAAAAAGCGCUCAUCAGAAUUGGGCAAUAUUUGAAAUCAUCAGUAAAUGAAGGCCUAAUCUUGCGACCGACCGAUUCAUUUGACAUUGAAUGUCAUGUUGAUGCGGAUUUUGCCGGUCUUUAUUCAGUUGAAGACGUUAUGGAUCCUACAUGCGUCAAGUCAAGAACUGGAUAUGUCAUCUCAGUCUGUGGAUGCCCGGUGGUUUGGGUGUCAAGACUACAAACAGACAUUGCCACUGCCACUAUGGAAGCGGAAUACAAUGCGCUGUCUAUGGCAAUGCGUGAUAUCUUACCUCUACGAAGAGUUUUCAAGACAGAAGCUCAAGGACUCGGGCUAUCCAACGAAACAGUCACCUCUCUAAAGACAACUGUGUGGGAAGACAAUAUGGGAUGUCUGAAGCUUGCUCGCCUCAAGCCCGGACAAUACACCCCAAGAUCCAAACACUAUGCUGUCAAGUAUCGCUGGUUCUGA